UGUGGAUGGGUCUUUUUUACGCAUAAGGGUGCGAUGGGCGUGCCGGGGCGGCGCGCGCGCCGACGACAGAAGCGUUCAACUCGCGCGCACCGCCGCCUGCGUGCGCGCUCAGAUUAACGCGCAGAAAACUGAUUUAUUGUGUCGCGUUGAAAAAAUAAUCGGUCGAAUGUUGUGAUGGAGGGACAGGAGUGGCGCGUUGAGUGGCAGCAGCGGCAGAUCGACGGUAUAAUUCCAAAUGGGCAGUGUCCCCGCGGGGCGUUCAACUUGCCGCCUCUAGACCGAGCAAGAGAACUCGAGCCGACUUUGCCGCCCCUGCACAAUUCUGUAAGAGAGAACUCAGUAUGUCCGCGCAGCACAUAUUCGCCGCUGCAGGCGCUAAGCGAGAGCACCUGCCGGGACCACGGGGCGCCGGCGCCGCCCCCGCCUCAGCCGCCACCACGCCUAUUCGUGGGCGCCGGCGGCGCAAGCGCAGCGCUCCACCCGGCAGUAGCGCGAUGUUCGGCGACACUUGAGCUGUCUGCACUCUGGCGUAGCUUCCACGAGCUCGGCACCGAGAUGAUAGUCACCAAGGCCGGCCGUCGCAUGUUCCCCGCAUUGCAGGCGAGGCUUUCCGGGCUCCUGCCUAACGCGGACUACCUUCUGCUUGUUGACUUCGUGCCGCUUGACGACAAGAGAUACCGAUAUGCGUUUCACAGCUCAAGCUGGGUAGUGGCGGGUAAAGCGGACCCGGUGUCGCCGCCGCGCAUCCACGUGCACCCGGACUCGCCCGCGCCCGGCGCGCACUGGAUGCGACAACUCGUGUCUUUCGACAAACUGAAGCUCACUAACAACCAGCUCGACGACAACGGGCAUAUAAUCCUGAACUCCAUGCACCGGUACCAGCCGCGCCUCCACGUGGUGUACCUACCGGGUGAGGGGCAGGGCACGCCCGGUACCGUCCCGUACCGGACAUUUGUGUUCCCUGAGACGGGAUUCACCGCCGUCACGGCCUACCAGAACCAUCGGAUAACACAACUGAAAAUAGCCAGCAAUCCGUUCGCCAAAGGAUUCCGGGACUGCGACCCCGACGACUGUCCUCCUGAGCAAAGUCAGCCCCGCGGCACCCCGCGUCGGCGAGAGGCAGCCCCUGAGCCCUGCCCGCAGUUAGCGCAGCCGUACGCCGCCGAGCCCAGCGCGUGCGGCCCGCUCUAUGCCCACGCGCACCCCGUGCGGUACCAGCCCCACACGGCACACAACGGCGCUUACAGCGCGUACUACGCGCAUAGGUAACCGCGUAGCGUCUACAUUCGACGCGUCGCAGUACGCUCCUUACAUGCAAGACAAAAACAUGGAUUCUCAUCUAAAUAACCGUUUUUAAAAACUGGUUUA